AUGGAGUCGACAGAAAAAGAUAUAUUCAAUGUUUUGGAUGAAUUUAUUGCUGCGGUUGAGGAGACAAAACAAGUCUUGCAAAGCCCCUGCGUUCCAGGUCGAACAGAGUCGUGUUGUCUUACCGACUGUGCUCCACGAUCUCGGAGGAAAAUGAACGCUGUAGUUCAGGGACACUGUGAAUGCGAACUGUUACAGUCGAGGCUGACGAGGUCUGAAAAUGAACUGCACAGAUAUGACAACAAAUACGAUCCCACACUUUUCAUAAAUCAACACACUUCUCAGAAGGAGGCCGAGGGAUUAGUGACAGAAAUGAACUCGCUUUUGAACCAGAUUGCUACAGCUGCUAUUUCGCUGAAGAAGAUCUACCGCCGGCGAUCUGCACCUUUGUUACCAGACAUUUGA